AUGGCAACAAAUCAUUUUGACAUUAGCAAAGUUGUAGAGCGUGAAAAACCAUCAUCAGUGUUGUUAGAGAAGCAGCGUGAGGCGCUCGUCAAGAGCGUCGAGGUCGCUACGGAUCGAGGCCGGGAUGAAGGCCUGUAUGAGCGGGGGGCGGAGGCGGAGCCGGCUGGACCCGGCGUGGGCCGCUCGGGGGCGGCGCCCGAGCCCGACGCCGCGGAGUCGGCGUCUGGGCCGGAGUGCCGGAAGGAAGACGUGACCAGGCCGGGCCCCGACCUGACCAGACCGCCGCUGCCGCGAGCGCGCUGGGGCCCGGCUAGGCGCCCGCUCGAACUGUCCUUGGCAAGACACGAAGAGCUGGCAACGCGCGCUGAGGCCGCACUGCGCCGUCUGCUCGUCACCGACAACUAUGACUCCGUCAACAACUUCAUCUCGCUGCAUGAGGCAUUCGAGCGCGGUGGUGACUCGCUCUACCAGGUGUACCAGCAGUACACGCCACCGAUUCGCGCUCGCAAGCACACCUGUGUGGGGCUGGGCUUCGAACUCAUGCGACGCUGGCGGAGCUUGGAGCGGGAUUUUAGUGGCAUCACCCGCGCCACCGCUCUGCUGUCGUGCGAGGAGGCUGUGGUAGACGUGCGCGAGUACGUGACGUGUGGCGAGGGGCCCGCGGACGUGCUAGCUGCUGAGAAAGAGCACGUCAUGGUGGGCAUACAGAUCCGUGUGGACGGCCGCCUCGGUGUCAUGCUCGCUGACCCCGGCUACCACGUGCCCAGAAUCGUUACCGUUAUGCAGGACCGGAACUACCCGCAUACUGGUUGGUUCGUGCAGUCGGACGAGCAACACUGCCGCAAGGAGUACAACUACACGUUCAGCAUGCUGAACCCAGGCUACAUCGAGUGGCACGAGCGGGAGACGCGCGGGGAAACCGUCAAGUGCCAGACCUCGCUCGUGUACGCCGGCAGACCGUACCUGGACGGCAUCAACGUCACCGAGAGAAGAAACCUCGUCUACAACUUUAGGAGUCUUCUCUCCCGCGACCAAAAAGGCCACUUGAUAGCCGGCCUCUAUUUCCCAGUGGGUGCGACCAUCAAAGACGCGCAGUUCACCCUCUUCCUCAACAACGGGCCUCAGAAGCGGAAAACUAAGUACAAGUUCAGCACUUUUGCUGACCCUCAAGACUUAUCCUUACACUUCGAUAAAAGUUUGAGAACUACAGUCGCCAUUGUUAACAAGCUGACAUCUUUGUCCUGUCCACAGAUUCCAGAUGAGAUAUUGGAAGAAAUCCAGCUGUGUAACACCAAGAUGAAUUACAAAGAAGGCGAGCUAUUAUCCAUCAUUAGCAAGCUUUCCCGAGUAAUGGCUGACCAGGCCUUCAUCGAUCAGAUGCUGGAGAUCAACGAGGACAUCUGUCGCAUGUGUCUCUGA